GCUGUGGCUCCCGGCCCCGUGAUGCUCGCCCCUGCAGGACCUGAGCACCGAGGCCCAAGCCCCGGGCGCGCCAUGCCGCUGCCACCUCUGCGCCCGCAGGCGCUCUCCAUGCUGCUGCCCCUGCUGCUGUUAGGGGGCCUUUGGGUGGCUGCAGGCUCGCCCAGGACGGACGGGACCCCGCCACCUGCCUUCCGCACCUUCGUGGCCAGCGACUGGGGCCUCACCCACCUGGUGGUGCACGAGCAGACGGGCGAGGUGUACGUGGGCGCGGUGAACCGCAUCUACAAGCUGUCGGGGAACCUGACGCUGCUGCGGGCGCACGUGACGGGCCCCGUGGAGGACAACGAGAAGUGCUACCCGCCGCCCAGCGUGCAGUCGUGCCCGCACGGCCUGGGCAGCACGGACAACGUGAACAAGCUGCUGUUGCUGGACUAUGCCGCCAACCGCUUGCUGGCUUGUGGCAGCGCGUCGCAGGGCAUCUGCCAGUUCCUGCGCCUCGACGACCUCUUCAAGCUGGGCGAGCCUCACCACCGCAAGGAGCACUAUCUGUCCAGCGUGCGCGAGGCGGGCAGCAUGGCCGGGGUGCUGAUCGCCGGGACCCCCGGCCAGGGCCAGGCCAAACUCUUCGUGGGGACCCCCAUCGACGGCAAAUCGGAGUACUUCCCCACGCUGUCAAGCCGUCGGCUCAUGGCCAACGAGGAGGACGCGGACAUGUUCGGCUUCGUGUACCAGGAUGAGUUUGUGUCCUCGCAGCUCAAGAUCCCGUCGGACACCCUGUCCAAGUUCCCCGCCUUCGACAUCUACUACGUGUACAGCUUUCGCAGCGAGCAGUUCGUGUACUACCUCACGCUGCAGCUGGACACCCAGCUCACGUCCCCCGACGCCGCCGGCGAGCACUUCUUCACCUCCAAGAUCGUGCGCCUGUGCGUCGACGACCCCAAGUUCUACUCGUACGUCGAGUUCCCCAUCGGCUGCCAGCAGGCGGGCGUCGAGUACCGCCUGGUGCAGGACGCCUACCUGAGCCGGCCUGGCCACGCGCUGGCCCGCCAGCUGGGUCUGACCGACGACGAGGACGUGCUGUUCACCGUGUUCGCCCAGGGCCAGAAGAACCGGGUCAAGCCACCCAAGGAGUCCGCGCUCUGCCUCUUCACGCUGCGCGCCAUCAAGGAGAAGAUCAAGGAACGCAUCCAGUCCUGCUACCGCGGAGAGGGCAAGCUCUCGCUGCCCUGGCUGCUCAACAAGGAGCUGGGCUGCAUCAACUCGCCCCUGCAGAUCGACGACGACUUCUGCGGACAGGACUUCAACCAGCCCCUGGGGGGCACGGUCACCAUCGAGGGCACGCCCCUGUUUGUGGACAAGGACGACGGACUGACCGCCGUGGCUGCCUACGACUACCGGGGCCGCACCGUGGUGUUCGCCGGGACGCGCAGCGGCCGCAUCCGCAAGAUCCUGGUGGACCUCGCAAACCCUGGUGGCCGCCCGGCCCUGGCCUACGAAAGCAUAGUGGCCCAAGAGGGCAGUCCCAUCCUGCGCGACCUCGUCCUCAGCCCCAACCGCCAGUACCUCUACGCCAUGACGGAGAAACAGGUGACACGGGUGCCCGUGGAGAGCUGUGUGCAGUACGCGUCCUGCGAGCUGUGCCUGGGGUCUCGGGACCCCCACUGCGGCUGGUGUGUCCUGCACAGCGUCUGCUCGAGGCAGGACGCGUGUGAGCGCGCGGACGAGCCCCAGCGCUUCGCCUCCGACCUGCUGCAGUGCGUGCAGCUGACCGUGCAGCCGCGCAACGUGUCUGUCACCGUGUCCCAAGUGCCGCUCCUGCUACAAGCCUGGAAUGUCCCCGACCUCUCGGCCGGCGUCAACUGCUCCUUCGAGGACUUCACGGAGUCCGAGGGCAUCCUGGACGAUGGCCGCAUCCACUGUCGCUCGCCCUCCGCCAGGGAGGUGGCGCCCAUCACGCGGGGCCAGGGGGACCAGCGGGUGGUGAAGCUAUACCUCAAGUCCAAGGAGACGGGGAAGAAGUUCGCGUCCGUGGACUUCGUCUUCUACAACUGCAGCGUCCACCAGUCCUGCCUGUCCUGUGUCAACGGCUCCUUCCCCUGCCAUUGGUGCAAAUACCGCCACGUUUGCACGCACAACGCCGCCGACUGCGCCUUUCUGGAAGGCCGCGUCAACGUGUCUGAGGACUGCCCGCAGAUCCUGCCCUCCACCCAGAUCUACGUGCCCGUGGGCGUGGUGAAGCCCAUCACCCUGGCGGCUCGGAACCUGCCCCAGCCACAGUCUGGCCAGCGGGGGUACGAGUGCCUUUUCCACAUCCCGGGCAGCCCGGCCCGCGUCACCGCCCUGCGCUUCAACAGUUCCAGCCUGCAGUGCCAGAAUUCCUCGUACUCCUACGAGGGCAACGACAUCAGCGACCUGCCGGUGAACCUGUCUGUCGUGUGGAAUGGCAACUUUGUCAUCGACAACCCCCAGAACAUCCAGGCCCACCUCUACAAGUGCCCGGCGCUGCGCGAGAGCUGCGGCCUCUGCCUCAAGGCCGACCCGCGCUUCGAGUGUGGCUGGUGCGUGGCCGAGCGCCGCUGCUCCCUGCGACACCACUGCCCCGCUGAUGCGCCCUCGGCCUGGAUGCACGCGCGCCAUGGCAGCAGCCGCUGCGCGGACCCCAAGAUCCUCAAGCUGUCCCCAGAGACGGGCCCCAGGCAGGGAGGGACGCGGCUCACCAUCACCGGCGAGAACCUGGGCCUCCGCUUUGAGGACGUGCGGCUGGGCGUGCGCGUGGGCAAGGUGCUGUGCAGCCCGGUGGAGAGCGAGUACAUCAGCGCCGAGCAGAUCGUCUGUGAGAUCGGGGACGCCAGCACGGUGCGCGCCCACGACGCCCUGGUGGAGGUGUGCGUGAGGGACUGCUCCCCCCACUACCGGGCCCUGUCGCCCAAGCGCUUCACCUUCGUGACACCAACCUUCUACCGCGUGAGUCCCUCCCGUGGGCCUCUGUCAGGGGGCACCUGGAUUGGCAUUGAGGGGAGCCACCUGAACGCGGGCAGUGAUGUGGCAGUAUCCAUCGGUGGCCGGCCCUGUUCCUUCUCCUGGAGAAACUCCCGGGAGAUCCGUUGCCUGACGCCCCCGGGGCAGAGCCCUGGCAGUGCCCCCGUGGUCAUAAACAUCAACCGCGCCCAGCUCGCCAACCCCGACGUGAAGUACAAUUACACCGAGGACCCCACCAUCCUGAAGAUCGACCCCGCGUGGAGCAUCAACAGUGGUGGGACCCUCCUGACGGUCACGGGCACCAAUCUGGCCACGGUCCGGGAACCCCGUAUCCGGGCCAAGUAUGGAGGUGUCGAGAGGGAGAAUAGCUGCAUGGUGUACAAUGACACUACCAUGGUGUGCCGGGCGCCCUCCGUGGACAACCCGACGCGCAGCCCCCCGGAGCUGGGGGAGCGGCCGGAGGAGCUGGGCUUCGUCAUGGACAACGUGCGCGCGCUGCUGGUGCUCAACUCGUCCACCUUCGUCUACUACCCCGACCCCGUGCUGGAGCCGCUCAGCCCCACGGGCCUCCUGGAGCUGAAGCCCAGCUCCCCGCUCAUCCUCAAGGGCCGGAACCUGCUGCCCCCCGCGCCCGGUAACUCCCGGCUCAACUACACGGUGCUCAUCGGCUCCACGCCCUGCGUCCUCACCGUGUCCGAGACGCAGCUGCUCUGCGAGUCGCCCAACCUCACAGGCCAGCACAAGGUCACGGUGCGGGCCGGCGGCUUCGAGUUCUCCCCGGGGAUGCUGCAGGUGUACUCGGACAGCCUGCUGACGCUGCCCGCCAUCGUGGGCAUCGGCGGGGGCGGGGGCCUGCUGCUGCUGGUCAUCGUGGCCGUGCUCAUCGCCUACAAGCGCAAGUCCCGCGACGCCGACCGCACCCUCAAGCGGCUGCAGCUGCAGAUGGACAACCUGGAGUCCCGCGUGGCCCUGGAGUGCAAGGAGGCCUUCGCAGAGCUGCAGACGGACAUCCACGAGCUGACCAAUGACCUGGACGGCGCGGGCAUCCCAUUCCUCGACUACCGCACGUACGCCAUGCGGGUGCUCUUCCCGGGCAUCGAGGACCACCCUGUGCUCAAGGAGAUGGAGGUGCAGGCCAACGUGGAGAAGUCGCUGACGCUGUUCGGGCAGCUGCUGACCAAGAAGCACUUCCUGCUGACCUUCAUCCGCACGCUCGAGGCCCAGCGUAGCUUCUCCAUGCGCGACCGCGGGAAUGUGGCCUCGCUCAUCAUGACGGCCCUGCAGGGCGAGAUGGAGUACGCCACGGGCGUGCUCAAGCAGCUGCUGUCCGACCUCAUCGAGAAGAACCUGGAGAGCAAGAACCACCCCAAGCUGCUGCUGCGACGGACCGAGUCGGUGGCCGAGAAGAUGCUGACCAACUGGUUCACCUUCCUCUUGUACAAGUUCCUGCAGGAGUGCGCCGGGGAGCCCCUGUUCAUGCUCUACUGCGCCAUCAAGCAGCAGAUGGAGAAGGGCCCCAUCGACGCCAUCACGGGCGAGGCCCGCUACUCCCUGAGCGAGGACAAGCUCAUCCGCCAGCAGAUCGACUACAAGACCCUGACCCUGAACUGCGUGAACCCCGAGAACGAGAACGCGCCCGAGGUGCCCGUGAAGGGGCUCAACUGUGACACGGUGACGCAGGUCAAGGAGAAGCUGCUAGACGCCGUGUACAAGGGGGUGCCCUACUCCCAGCGGCCCAAGGCUGGGGACAUGGACCUCGAGUGGCGCCAGGGUCGCAUGGCCCGCAUCAUCCUGCAGGACGAGGACGUCACCACCAAGAUCGACAAUGACUGGAAGAGGCUGAACACGCUGGCCCACUACCAGGUGACAGACGGGUCCUCAGUGGCGCUGGUGCCCAAGCAGACCUCGGCCUACAACAUCUCCAACUCCUCCACCUUCACCAAGUCCCUCAGCAGAUACGGCCUGGUCCCCGCAGAGAGCAUGCUGCGCACGGCCAGCAGCCCCGACAGCCUGCGCUCGCGCACGCCCAUGAUCACGCCCGACCUGGAGAGUGGCACCAAGCUGUGGCACCUGGUGAAGAACCACGACCACCUGGACCAGCGCGAGGGCGACCGGGGCAGCAAGAUGGUCUCGGAGAUCUACCUGACGCGGCUGCUGGCCACCAAGGGCACGCUGCAGAAGUUCGUGGACGACCUGUUCGAGACCAUCUUCAGCACGGCGCACCGGGGCUCGGCGCUGCCGCUGGCCAUCAAGUACAUGUUCGACUUCCUGGACGAGCAGGCGGACAAGCACCAGAUCCACGACGCCGACGUGCGCCACACCUGGAAGAGCAACUGCCUGCCCCUGCGCUUCUGGGUGAACGUGAUCAAGAACCCGCAGUUUGUGUUCGACAUCCACAAGAACAGCAUCACGGACGCCUGUCUGUCCGUCGUGGCCCAGACUUUCAUGGACUCCUGCUCCACGUCGGAGCACAAGCUGGGCAAGGACUCGCCCUCCAACAAGCUGCUCUACGCCAAGGACAUCCCCAACUACAAGAGCUGGGUGGAGAGGUACUAUGCUGACAUCGCCAAGAUGCCCGCCAUCAGUGACCAGGACAUGAGCGCAUACCUGGCGGAGCAGUCGCGGCUGCACCUGAGCCAGUUCAACAGCAUGAGCGCCCUGCACGAGAUCUACUCCUACAUCACCAAGUACAAGGACGAGAUCCUGGCGGCCCUGGAGAAGGACGAGCAGGCGCGGCGGCAGCGGCUGCGGAGCAAGCUAGAGCAGGUGGUGGACACGAUGGCCCUGAGCAGCUGAGCCCAGCUGGUGACCGCUGGCAGGAGCAGAGGAGAGGGCUCUGGCGCGGGGACCGGGGGACAGCCCUUGCCCAGCUGCGGAGCGCCAGGGCGCAGGCCCCCUCCCUGCUUCCUGGGGGCCGUUUUCCUGGGUGUGGAAGUGACGGUGCCCACCGCGCCACCUCUGCGCCCGGGCUGCCCACCCCGGGGCCUGGAGAGCCAGGCUGGCCGGCCCUGCCCAGGGACCUUGGCCACCUGGCAAGAGCUGCCCAGUGGCCUUCGUGGGAGAAUGAGGUGGCCUCUGAGUGGCCGUGGUUUAAGGCCGAGCCCUCCAGGACGAGGGGCAGCCAGCCUGGCCCACUGCGGAAGGACAGGAUGGGGGGCUGCCACCAGCGUGCAGAGCCUGGGGGUCCCCGGGACCUGGUGGCAGCCAGAGGAAGAGCGAGACCCCGCAGCCUCCACGCCCAGCCCGAGCCUGCUGCCCACGGCCAAGGUCAGAUUCACCGCGUGCUGUGCGCGGCCGAGCCGGAGGGCCACGUCCACCUGCCCUGCAGAGAGGCCGUCCCCUCCCAUGGAGGGGGCGCCACUCCCAGCCCCUGAGUGACUGGCGGACUAGGCGACCCCUCUCUGUCCUCAGGACCGUGCCUCUGGGAGCCACCGGGCUGGGGCUCCGGUCACAGGGCGCAUGCUCCCGUUAUUUAUUCCCCUCCAGCCCUGCUCCGGCGCCAGCUCCGGGCCACCCGCAGGGUGGGCUCCUGGAGGCAGCAGGCCACGGCCUCCGGCCUCCCUCUUCAGCCUCCGUCUGUGGCCUCCAUCUGCGGCCUCCCUGUUCGGCCUCCCUCUGUGGCCUCCAUCUGCAGCCUCCCUCUGCAGCCUCCCCGCCCCAGCCCCCACCAAGCAGCUUCCAGUGCGGCUCUCAGCAGCGUCUGGCCCCUUCAGAGCCAUUGGACACCCGGGGACCGAUUUGAUUUUGCAACAAGAAACCCUGCUGCAUCCGUCUGGGGAGCCCCAGGGCCACCCCGCAGCCUGGGUCCCUUCAGGCCCGAGAGAGCAGUGGACCUGUAGUGCCCGAGGGACUCGAGGUCGGCUGCUGCCCGCCCAUGCCCUCCGUGAGCGACAGGACGAGUUGGGUGACAGACCUGUACAUAUAUAUGUAUCUGUCUGUGUAUAUAUAUGUGGCCCCGCCCGUGGGGCCAGGCAGUCCACGGAGAGGACCCCACAAGGUCCCAAGAGCAACUGAGAAGAAACGUCAGGGCAGUGGGCAAGGUGGCCCAGGUCCCCGGGGCCGGGGCCACGCGUGUGCACUCCCGGGGGACACGCACCCCGCUGCCCUGGGCCCCGGUUUGCAUGAUCGUGUAGCGUGUAGUCUGCGUUGACCUUUCCAAACUGCAAGUGUUGAACAUAGAGGUGGUUAGAAGACCCGUGUUUCUUUUGAACUUCGAUUUGAUUUUUGAAAGGGAUCAGUCCCUUGGUCACAAACACACAGCAGCCAAGCGGCCCGCCCCAUCCCCAGGUUCACUUUUUCGAUGGUACUAAAGAGUCUCACGGACUUUAAGGGACAGCUAACUGUGGCCAGACCCACCCUGGGCACCGGGACGCGCAGGCCCCGCACCCCCUGGGCUGCCACCUCGGUGUCCCCCCUCCUAAGCAGCGUGAGCCAGUGGACAUCAGGUCGGAAGCCGCCCCUCGGCGUCGGUGACAAGAAGGUGAACUUCUGUCUCAGGGAGCCCCCCACCCCCACGGGGCGCCCAGUGGGGCUUGGGCACCCUGGUCCCCACCAGCCUGAGCUCUGGCCACCGCCGUCCCCAGUCCCCCGUGGGUGUGGGCUCACUCCCUGGGCAGACCUGGGGACCAGGGCAGAGGCUGGUCACUCUCCAGAUGGGCUGUUUCCCGGCAGUCCCUUGAGGGGGCCAGGACACCCCCCCCGGGUCCCCUCCUUCCUUCCGGCUCGUGCCCCGGGCCUCCGUGUGUCCCCAAGUCUUCCCUGGACGCUGGCUCCAGACCGGAGUCCCCAGUUCUUCCAGUUCUGCCCCAGCCGCGGGGUCCUUGCUCCGUGUCACCUUCAGUCCCCGGUCCCCUCCCGCCCUCCACCUUGGGGCACCCCGGGGAGCUGGGCCGUCACCCAGCUGCCAGGCUGCCCCGGGCCCAGGUGGCCGUGGGGACGGGCCAGCCGGGCGACACCUGCACUUUAGCCUAUCUGUUUACAUGCGAUUGGUCCAGCCGAUGCCCCCGAGCUGUCCCCAGUAUGGCAGCCCGGGGUCCCCGGGCCGCCCCUUCCUGCCGGGCCUCGCACUUGGGCCUGUGGCCUCUCCUCCCAUAGUUGUCCUGGGCCCCAGCGCCACCGGUCACCUUCCAGGGCCUCCCGCCAGGGACUCUGACCCAGCUCUGGAGAGGGGACAGGUGGGUGGUGGCUCCGGGGUGACGUGUCCCUGAGUUUAAUGCCCAUUUUGCCUCUGGGGCCACUGCAGGCCCAGGAACCGAGCCCAGCCACACUCCAGCGCGACCUGGCGGGGGACCCUGGAGGCCACCUGCUGCUCGGAGCCCCGCCCCCCCACCUGGCUCCCCACUGUCCCCCCACCCCGGGGUGCCCAUGCGCAGGCCUGUCCCCGGCCCUUGAUAUACCUCGAGCUCGUCAGCACUGCCUGGCCCAUGUCCCCUCCACCCCAGGGGACACAUGGACGAGGGGCCCAGGGUGCCCCAGACACCUGGCAUCGAGUCCCAGGCACAGGCCCUGCCACCCUGCCCUGCCCUGCCCUGGCCUCCCGAUUUCCCUCGCUGAGGUCCCUGUCCCCAUUUGUCCCCAAGUUCUGGAUCUGAUGGCUCACGCCGUUGGUGCUACCCAAGCUAGAAUAGAUAUAUUUAGAGAGAGAGAGAGAGAUAUUUUUAAGACGAUGCCCACAAUUAGCUGUCCCUUAACGCCGCAGGGGCCCCCACCCCACCCAAAAGAAGAAUGGUCCCUUGGGUGGCCCAGCUGACCGGCCCUCAGCCCUCGGGUGUGUAAAUAUCCGCCUGUUUCCUAUUUUACUGUCCUUCAAAUUUAGUACUUGUAAAUACACACACAUUAAGGAGAGAUUAAACAUUUUUGCUAAAA